AUGGCCCCACCCGACAGCACGAGCGCACCCGCCGGCCCGCCCACCGCCUCGACGAGCACCUCCCCCGACUCGGACUCGCCCGGCGCCCACGUCCUCGCCGACUCGAACCUGCCGACCGAGCUGCCGUCCGAGCUCUCAUUCGACCUCGUGUUCAGCUGGAGGGGCCAGAAGCAGGCCAUUACGGUCCAGGAGCUCGACACGGUCGGCGACCUCAAGAUGCUCCUGUGGAGCCUCACGUCGGUGCCGCCCGAGCGCCAGAAGAUUGUCGGGCUCGUCAAGGGCAAGCUCCCCGGCGACGAGCAGGAGGUCGUCGAGCUCGGCCUCGGCAACACGAACAAGAAGGAGUUCUUGCUCGUCGGCACUCCCGAGGGCGAGGAGGCCAAGGCCAAGGCGGUCGGGCCGAGCGCGCAGGACGAGGCCGACGUCGACUACGCCGCCGCCGAGACGAGGAAGAAGGCCGACCAGGCCGUCCAGUCGGCGCGCAACCGCCGCAAGCUCAAGGAGGCCGCCGACAAGCUCGAGCUCAGCAUCAUGGCGCCUCCUCGUCCGGGCAAGAAGCUCCUCGUCCUCGACCUCGACGGGUGCAUCCUCGACACGUCGCUGUGGAAGCACGACAACUUUGCGUUCCCGACCGAGAUGUUUGCGCGCCCGUACCUGCACGACUUCCUGCGCCUCGUGUCGCCGCAUUACGACAUCAUGCCCUGGAGCCAGACGAGCUGGCGCUGGCUCGAGUCGAAGCUCGCUGAGCUGAGCAUGAUCGGCCCGACGAGGAAGGGCGACUACCACAUCGUGUCGACGGUCGACCGCACGCCCAUGUUCAGCAUCUACUCGGAGCGCGACGGCAAGCCUUUCGCGCACGAGGUCAAGGCGCUCGGCAUCCUGUGGGCCAAGUUCCCUGGCCAGUACUCGGCGGCCAACACGAUUCACGUCGACGACCUGUCACGCAACUUCGCCCUCAACAUCGCGAACGGGCUCAAGGUGAAAGCGUACAAGGACGCCCUCACUCGCGACCGCAUGAGCAGCGACAAGGAGUUGCUGUACGUCGCGCGGUACCUCCUCCAGAUCGCCGACCACGACGACCUCACGCAGCUCGACCACUCGCGGUUCAAGCACUGCAAGCGCGCGCUCCCUCCAGGCGUGUCGGACCCGCUCAAGCUCGCCGCACCUUCGGCGUCGCCGCAGCAGCAGGGUCAGCCGGCUACGACGACGAGCGAGGCGCCGCCGCCGCCUCCUCCUCCCGGCGGUCAGCGGCCGCAGUGA